UCUUGUGAAAAACGGCUCGAAAUUUCGACUUGGUAAACCAAGUCUAAAUCAACUUUUAUUUUUGACCCGGUUGCACAUAUUACUGACAGGCUCCGCACAGUAAUUAGUGUGGCACUGCACGAUAAUCGAUCAUUUCCUUCCAGCACCGUUCUGAGUCAGGUGCCGAACAGUAACCAGUUACUGGUACCCCCCCCCCCCACAGUGGGGUUCUAUUUUUUCCUGUGGAUAUUCCCAAAACAGCUGAGUUUAAAAUAAAUAAACGAAGACAAAAUUUCCUUUUACUGCGUAGGGCUGACAAAGAUAGAGUAGUGAGAAAAAAGUGGGAGAACCUCUGCAUGGGUCCGAGGGAAAACUCCCUUGGCUUAAGCCCGCAGUACUCUUGGAUGUAGAUCUAUGUUGUAGUUCAAGUUUUCACUUUUCAUUGAUUCAAUGCAUCGCAUCACUUUAUUCAAAUAUUCAAAAAAUUUAUAUUAAAUAUUGCUUACACAAAGUAUUAAUAAAUAAAUAUAUCAAGUGAAAUAACUACAGAACAAAAAAAAAUAAAAAUGACAGCUGCUAAAUUAAGUUCGCAUAAGUGCGAAUCGAAAUCUCCAUUGGUGAAGAUUAAAAAAUAUGGGAAGCGAUUAAUCGAUGCCAUUGAUUCCAUAAAAAUAUUUUCAAUCAUCCCCUUACUGACUACCUGUAUAAAAUUUUUAUUAUCACUCGCGAUGAUUCUAAUCCAACUAUUUAUGAUUUCCCCACCUGUGGGUGGUUUAUUCUUAGCAGCAGCAUCGGUAGGUUUUCUUAGCAUUAUCGGGACCUAUGGAACACUUUUGUUGAUUACUCCUCAGCCGAACGAUACACUCAGUUGUAUCGAUGGAGUUCAAAGCUUUCAUGGAGAAUUACAAGUGAGAGAAUUUACUGCCCUGUUGCUAGACAAGCUAAAAAUAAUGUGGAUAUUAUGGUCAAUUAUCGGAUACACCCUUCCCGAAUUAAUAUAUUCAAUGGUAUGUUUCAUACGAGCUAAAAAUAAGCCUUCGACUGGACAAUUUUUGUCAGUAAUAAUUCCAGAAACUUUCCAUACAAUUGGAAUUGCGUUGAUGAUCUUUGAAGUUUUGCCAAAACUAAAUUACAAUUAUUGCGUUUUGUUCGUAAUUUGGUGCGUGAUUGAAUGGGGAUUGCAUGCCGCGAUGUCGGCGUUUUGUGAAAUGAAAAGUACUAAAAUCAAGAGUUGGUUGAUCUUCGUCGACAUUGUGUGUCUGGGAAUUUUUAUUAAUUUCACGAUAUUCAAUCCGUUUGAUGGAAUCAAUCGUAAUAAUACCGACUGCUGGAUUGCUAUGCUGGCAUUGGCUCUACUCCAUUGCGGACUUUGGCAAGAUGAUUCAUAUUCUACAUUCAAUUUAACGGAUUAUCUCCCCCCUUUUAUUAACAGCCAUAGAAUAUUGGAACCCGUGAAAGAUUCAAUUUACGCGUGGGUAUCACUAUGGAAAAUAAUCGUUUUCUUUGCCAGUUCAUUUGCAAUAUUUGUAAUUAAUCAUGGCACCACAACACAUCUCUUCGAAAUGUUUGGACCUGCAUUAAGUCUUGAUAACACAACUGAGAUUAUUCCUCGUCAAGAAGUUGACUUCAAUGACCCUCAAUAUCGUAAUGAAUUAAACUUGAUCAUACGUUUACUUUUUCCAGUUAUGAUCCUGUCAUUCCAAUUAACUAUGGCUCUUUUUAUAAAUAAGAGAACUGAGAGUGUAAUAACGAGUAUUCUCGAUAGAUUCAUUUCUCCGUCAAUCAUGGGAUUAAGCAUUCCUCUUCUGAUCACUAUUGAAUUUAUAUUAUUUUCUGGAUACUUUCGCAGUGUCAACUACUAUUUGCUUUACCGUAUUCCCUUAGGCGAGCAGCUAACGAAUCUUUUCAGUGAUAUUCAUAUACCCGAUGUGGUCUCAAAAUUUAUUUCAAUCGAUUCUUUGUAUAACUGGGACGCUAAUUUACUAAGACUUUCAUUCUGCUGGAUUGUACUGCACUUUAUUGUGGUAGUAUACGGAGCUGACGUAAUUGAUUGCUACUAUAAAUAUUAUGACGAUGAAACCCUGGUAAUAGUUAAAGUUGAGGUGAUUCCAAAAAACGAAAAGGUUGAAGAAAAAGAAAAUUUAACUGCUGUUUAAGGAGAAUUUUCUUUAAUAAAUUCGAUAACUCGCUCAAAAACUAAUUACCUCAUCAAAUGUAAGUCAAUGUCAUCAAUUUUGUGUGUUUUUUAUAAAGUUUUUUACGAUGUAGAUUAUACUGUUGUAUUUAAUUGUUGUGUGAAUAAAAGA